CGACAGUCUGUAUGCUGAGGGAGCCAUGUUGAUGCCUGGUUUUGUGUCUACCGCUGUACUUUGGAUGGUUAAAGGACUGCGUCUCAAGGUCCGGGAGCCUUAGCGGUGAUUCCAGCACCGCGAUGAGAAGCGGAGAGCGGGCUGGGACGGUUCAGGGAGCGCCAGAGGACAGCUGCUCGUAGACAUCACGCAGUUGAUACGAAGCAAGUGAAGUUGAUGCUAGUUAGCCCGAUAGCUAGGUAGCAACAGCUGUGCGGGCGCUGCGUGGGAUGCGGCGUGUGGACUAAAACAAAAUAAUCUUCUCGGCUUUUUGCAUUUUAUUAACACAUGCUAACGUUAGCGCGAAGAUUUGGGGAUAACAACGGGGCUGCUGGAUUCACGCUAGCUUGCUUAAGUUGCCUUUGUGAAGCUAAGCUAGCUGUUAGCUAACGUCUGCAUGCUGACAAUCAGCUCGCAUCUUUAGUCACGACUAAUAUUUGCUAGCUGAGCGGACCCUAACUUAUUGUUACUUUCAGACACUCUGCCAGUUGUGGAGCACCGUGUUGUGUGAUUAAAAAGUCCCCCAUAAAAACAAUCUCGAGUGGAGAUAUGGCGAUACUUCCAGUCUGCGUGGAAAGCUACCGAUUCGCCUGCCCAGCUUGCCAAGGAGCGGCUAACGGGCUAGCUGCAUAACUUUCCUCUCACGGUGUCACUCAGAAGCUGCACUUCCUCGCUAGCAGACCUCUGGUACCUGAAGCAAGCUGGCGGCCCUCCGAGUAGAAGCCGAGGACAAGGAGCUGGGGCCCAUGGCCUGGGUGCUGAAGAUGGACGACGCCACCAUAGAGUCGGGGCUGGUGCACGACUUCGAUGCCAGCCUGUCCGGCAUCGGGCAGGAGCUGGGGGCAGGAGCCUACAGCAUGAGCGAUGUGUUGGCUCUGCCAAUCUUCAAGCAGGAGGACUCCAGCCUUCCUCCUGAAAGCGAGACCAAAAAUCCCCCAUUCCAGUAUGUGCUGUGCGCCGCCACCUCGCCUGCCGUCAAGCUGCACGACGAGACGCUCACAUACCUAAACCAAGGCCAGUCUUACGAGGUGCGUAUGUUGGAUAACAGGAAGCCAGACGAGUUACCAGAGCUCAAUAAUAAGAUGGUGAAGAGCAUCGUGCGUGUGGUGUUUCACGACCGCAGGCUGCAGUACACAGAGCACCAGCAGCUGGAGGGCUGGAAGUGGAAUCGUCCUGGCGACCGUCUCCUUGACAUCGAUAUCCCAAUGUCAGUGGGCAUUGUGGAGCCGAAGACUCACCCCUCCCAGCUGAACGCUGCAGAGUUCCUGUGGGACAUGAACAAAAGAACUUCUGUUUUUGUGCAGGUGCACUGCAUCAGCACGGAGUUCACUCCCAGGAAGCACGGUGGCGAGAAGGGCGUCCCCUUCAGGAUCCAGUUUGACACGUUUGCCCAGGGAGACAGUGGAGAGUACACAGAGCACCUCCACUCUGCCUCCUGCCAAAUCAAAGUCUUUAAGCCAAAGGGGGCGGACCGUAAGCAAAAGACAGACAGGGAGAAGAUGGAGAAACGCACACCUCAAGAGAAGGAAAAGUACCAGCCUUCCUACGAUACCACUAUCCUGUCAGAGACGAGGCUUGAACCCAUCAUAGAAGAUGCGGGUGACCACGAGCUGAAAAAGUCCAGCAAGCGGACACUUCCCGCUGACUGUGGCGACUCCUUGGCCAAGAGAGGCAGUUGCUCCCCAUGGCCAGACAACGCCUACGUCAGUCCCAACCAGGCAGCUACUCCCUCCUUCACCUCCGCCCCACUGUCCACUUACACAACCUCCUCAGUACCGGACAGUGACUCGUCCUCACCCAAUCACCAGGCAGACCCUGGUAGCCAUGGCAACUCUGAGGUUAGUCUCCACUCCUCUCACCUGUAUGAACUUAUGGAAAAGCAGUUGAGCCCCACUGCCUCCAUACAGGACGCACAGAAGUGGCUGCUGAAAAAUCGCUUCAGCUCCUACACUCGGCUCUUCUCUCACUUCUCAGGUUCUGAUUUGUUGAAGCUAACCCGGGACGACCUGGUCCAGAUUUGUGGGCCAGCAGAUGGGAUCAGACUCUUCAAUGCACUUAAAUCCAGGUCAGUGCGUCCCAGGUUGACAGUGUACGUCUGUCAGGAGUCCCUCCAGGAGAGCCCUCUGCUGGAGAGACACGCCACCAAUGAAAAUGGAGAACACAGCAUUUCCUCUAGUUUACACGUGUAUCAUGCUCUGUACCUAGAGGAGCUCACAGCUGCAGAACUGAUCCGUAAGAUGGCGUGUGUGUGCAGCCUUCCACUGGGAACGAUCAACCAGGUGUACAGACAGGGUCCCACAGGCAUACACAUCCUGCUCAGUGACCAGAUGGUUUACAACUUGCCUGACGAGAGCUGUUUUUUGAUCAGCACUGUCAAAGAUGAAUUGGGCGAAGGACUCCAUCUAAUCCUGAAGUAGUGAGGAGGACAGAUGGCAUCACUAAUACUCCACCCUCUGUUUUGGAGCAGAAGCCUCCCUCUGUCCCUCUCUGCUUGCCUCUACUCUUCCCUCGUACUUCCUCCCCGUUCUCUCCAAACGAUCGCUCGACGGAAAGCAGACAGACUGCACUAAAGCCAUGUAAAUGUUAGAAUCUGACAUGGGUGUGUCCACUGUUUCAUAUUGAAAACACUAUUAACGGAGGAGAAUGGUUAAAAGAGGAGAGGCUGGGGGGGAUAUGGGGUUAGGGGAAAGAUUAUGAUGUAUGUAUUUUGAUUUUAUUAUUUUAUUUUUUGUCUUUUAUAUGGUUUCUGCAGGAUAACGGGGGGUUGGGAGGG